CAAACACACGUCUCUUACGUACGCGCACAGUUCGGCCGCUCAUUCUGUGCAUGCGUGCAGUAAAGGUACAGUACAAAAUUCAUCACUCAUUUUCCAACAUGGCGACGACGCUGCACCAACAGGAUGUGUGUACACGAUUUUCAGACGAAUAUGAACUGAAGGAAGAGCUCGGAAAGGGAGCGUUCAGUGUCGUAAAACGGUGCAUACGUAAAAAGACAAACCAGGAGUUUGCUGCAAAAAUUAUCAACACAAAGAAACUAUCACAACGAGAUUUGCAGAAGUUAGAACGAGAGGCUCGCAUAUGUCGCAAACUGAAACAUCCAAAUAUAGUUCGCCUGCACGACAGCAUUCCGGAAGAAAAUUUUCAUUACCUAGUAUUUGACCUAGUUACUGGUGGUGAACUGUUCGAAGACAUUGUCGCCAGAGAAUACUACAGUGAAGCAGACGCCAGCCACUGCAUCCAACAGAUCUUAGAGAGUGUCGAUCAUUGCCACAAAAAUAGCGUAGUACACCGAGACUUGAAGCCGGAAAAUCUACUACUUGCGAGCAAAGCAAAAGGCGCUGCCGUCAAGCUCGCUGAUUUUGGUCUGGCCAUCGAGCUGCAGGGUGACCAGCCGGCAUGGUUCGGAUUCGCUGGGACGCCAGGCUACCUGUCCCCAGAGGUUCUCAAGAAGGAUCCCUACGGGAGGCCCGUGGACAUCUGGGCCUGUGGUGUGAUUCUAUACAUCUUACUAGUUGGGUACCCUCCCUUCUGGGAUGAAGACCAACACAGAUUGUACUCACAAAUCAAGGCUGGAUCCUAUGAUUACCCUUCCCCAGAGUGGGACACGGUCACGACCGAGGCCAAGCAACUUAUUGAUAGCAUGCUAACUGUCAAUCCAGCUAAGCGGAUAACAGCCUGCGAAGCCCUGAAGCAUGCCUGGAUCAGCAACUCGGAGCAUGUAGCAUCGGGCAUGCACAGACAGGAAACUGUUGACUGCUUGAAGAAAUUCAAUGCUCGGCGCAAACUCAAGGGAGCCAUUUUGACAACUAUGCUGGCCACCAGGAACUUUUCCAGUCUGAGCCACAAGAACCAAAGCCAAGGCUCUCCGCAAACGAAAUCAGGGGAAAGUCAGGAAAAGGCAGGUGGAAAGACGAUGAUGAAGAAGGACAAUGAUAUCAAAGAGUCCCAGGAGAGCAGCGUCGUUGAAGAUGACGACGUCAAAGCACGCAAACUGGAGAUCGUCAAGGUGACAGAGGCACUCAUAGAUACCAUUAACAACGGAGACUUUGAAGGUUACACGAAGCUGUGUGAUCCGCACAUGACCUGCUUUGAGCCGGAGGCAUUCGGCAACUUGGUGGAGGGUAUGGAGUUCCACCGGUUCUACUUUGACAACGUGCUGUCCAAGAACAACAGGGCGCGCAACACCACCAUCCUCCAUCCUCACGUUCACCUGAUCGGUGAGGAUGCGGCCUGCAUCGCCUAUGUCCGUCUCACCCAGUACAUUGACCGGAACGGUUUACCCGUAACUGCUCAGUCUGAGGAAACGAGAGUGUGGCAGCGCAGGGACAACAAGUGGACAAACAUUCACUUUCACCGCUCGGGAUCGCCCAGUGCUCCAAACAAAUAGCCAUGCCCCUGGACACGCCUCGUCUUUUAUCACCACCCGACCGUGUCUCCCCCUUUCCACCUGUUUAAUGACCACAUCCAUUUCAAACAAGCAGAUGUGUUCUUACAAAAAACAAGAAACAGGGUUGGUUUUUUAUUAAAGGGGAUUGACGGGGAGAGAGAGAUCUUCUCGAUAACAAAUGCAAAACCUAGCGGAGCCAUCACGCAUUGCUUACCGAGAUGCAGUCUAUCGUUCUCUUUCGAACGAUGGCUUCCGUUUUGUCUUCGUGUCUGGCUGUAGUGGGACCAUCUUCUUGGCAUUUUUAUGUAAACCAAGAACGAUGAUUACCUCCAACCUGUUGAUAGUGUAAUUUUUGUUGUUUGAUUGCUCAGAGAUUGCUCAGAGGAAGAUGGUGUGGCUGGUAGGAGGAGCCCCCAUGACUUGGCUAUUUGGUGUAGAAGAAUUCUGAUGAAAACGUUUUUUUGGAAAGACUCAAGAGCAAAGAGAGAUUGAUUUUAAUUUGGGGAAGGCACUUUUUGUUUGGAUCAGUGCCGACCAGAAUAGAGAUCAGUGCAGAAUAGUCUGAAGAAGUAAUACAUUGUUGAGACAAAGCGAAGCCGCGGUUUCAAUCUCUGAAGAACUCAAAGAGACAUUUACCGGGGGGUUUGUAGGUAGCUUUGUGUUGUCAAUUUCGAAUUCAGUCGUGUCUGUCGUAGUUAACUGUAUACAGCCCGUUGAGUGAGGCUUUGCAAAUUGAAAAGUGCAGAUGCUUAAGGAGAAACUGUAGUUUUUUCUCCAGUUCUUAUUCUAUGCCUGCCUUUCUUUGUAUCCCAUUUCAUUGUGGCCCCUUUUUCAUGUUAGCUCGUUCUAUUUCCAUUAUUUGGCUACCACCUUUAUUCCUUCACUUUUCUUCGUAGUAAAAUUUAGUCCCCCUAAAAAUUACUGCCUUUUUUAUCCAAAGAAAACAAUUUUGUCAUUCCCUUUGUCUGGCUGUGUCAAAUGAUGUCCAACUGUCAAUAUCUUUUUGUCAAUAGUUAGUCGAUUUUAGACCUUUCUCUCCCGCCCCGUGGCUUAUUUGACAGUCUAGCGUCAUCGCGUCGCGCUCACCUCUCCCUUUGACCGGUUGUGACAGAGAAAGAUUCGAAGUUUUGACGUAGAUUUGUGUCCCUUUGACUUCAUCAAUGCACCAUAUGCAAGUGUGUUUUUUGUGGUGUCACCAUUGCCUUCUCUGUGUGGUUUUUUUUUUUCUCUCUUGUCGGUAGUUCUGUUGGCGGAGUUCCAUGCCAUACCUCUACGGUUAUUAUGACCGCAUGUGUUUAGGAUUGCUGUAAUAUGAAAGUUGUUGGAGGUUUGUUGGCACCUUUCCAACCAGGUAUGUCAAAGCAGCAUUUGACCACGGAGCGCAUAUUUGUAUAUUUGUAGAGCUGUCUUAUGCAAGAACGAGUGCGGGGACCUCUCCAAACGGCGAAGAUUUUUUUUUUUCAGUUGAGAUAAUGAAAACUAGAUCAGUUCUGCGGUCCUUCGUUCCAGUUAACAUUUUAUUUGUACAUUUUUGCUGCGUGUGAUGAAAGUCUUUUGUUAUUUUUUCCUUUUGAGUUAAUUUCAGUUUUUUGACUUGAUCAGACUUCGUGUUGCAGUGCCUGCGCAUGGAAUAAAAAGAAGCAAGUUAACGCGUGGAACAGUUGAAGAAAAGGACAAAGAAACGAGACGUUUCUAGUCAAAAGUGAAUGGCGUUAUAAGUGAAGAUUUGUUGGGUUCGUUAACGAAGGAGCUGUAGUUUAAGUACAUGCUGUAAUGUACAGUUAAGAUAAAUUUGAUAUAUUUAAUAAUGGUAUAUAAGUAAAGAUGUCAGAUCAGGUACUUAGCUAGGGAGAUUUACAGCAAAGCUGAACUGAAAUUUGGAAGGAUUGUAGCGGUAUAGACAUCGGUCUUCUUUUUUGAUGUUCUUGUGCCAUUUUAUCAUGGAAAGAAUUUAAACUCUUUUUGGUGACAAAUAUCUCUCAUGUUUACGAAUAUUACUAGGAAUUUAUGGAAAACUUUAACUUGUCCCGUAGUAUAAGCAGGGUUGUACCGUGUGAAUUGAUCGUCGUGUUGGUGUCUAACAGCUAAUAAUUUUUGUUCUAUAUCUUUGUUUCUCUCUGUCAUGUCAUGGUCAAUAUGGCAUUUAUUGGUCGAGUGAGUGGGCGCAUUAGUGUGCGGGGUAUUUUUGCAAAUAUGUAACGUAGCCAAUUGCGAGAGGUGCUCACGAUCAACUGAACUGAGUAUAGUAGGUGCCGCAUUAAUUGUGAAAAAAAAAGUGGAAUGGGAUAUUUCCUGUUUUCUGCGUAAUAACUCGAUGGAUAAAAUCCUGCCGGGAGUUUUGCGGGAAAUCUUUAGCCCGGACUGCUGUCGAUAUAUACCCCACGAUUGAGUGCUAGCAUGAGUGCCCGCCCUGAGCUGGAGCACCCCUUCAUCAUUGGUAGGGAGUGUUCAGUUUGCCGGUAGCGACGCAACCUUAACGCGUGCAUUUCAAAGUCGUUUGUGAACCAGAGUAUUUCUUUUCCGACCAAAGGAGCCUCUGUUGCCAGGAAAAUUGUGCCCUCUCUUGGUCCGGGGGGUGCAUACCUUUAUAAAAUGUACGCUCGAAUUGCUCGUUAAGGAUUGCAGAUUUACACUUGGUGUUUACUACACAAAGACCCGUAUGGCGUUUGAGCUUUAGUUGAGUAACCGAUUUGAAGGUUUGAAAUUUCGGAUCAGCUGUGCUGGCAACAGCAGCCUUUUUGAAUAAUGUACCCAGAAAGUGUUAUAUUUAAAAAGUAAACUGUGUCAAUACUAAAAUGCAUGUACCACGCCAUAUUUCACCUUGACAGCCCCCGUAGCGCCUGUAGUACAGUUUGCCCAAGUUACAAGAAGAUCGUUUAUGUGGUAGCCAGACUCGGACGACGAGGUUUCCUACGCACAUCUGUGUGUGCGGAAUGUCGUGCCCUACGACUUACUUUCGAUAGGGAAGCUUUCGAAGGUCUUUCCAUAUCUGUGCAUUGGAAAACCCGACGGUGUUCCCUGUUCGUGAGUUUCUGGCGUAUGUGUACAUGCGUACAGUGUCGCAGUACCACCGCGGGUAUGUUGCCGUAUACGUGUUUGCGCGCUGGCCGUGGGAUAACACUACCGGAGUGUGUCACUCUGGCGUCUUGUGGAACUUGCACUGCAUUUCGAUCAGCCCGACGUGCACAUGACGCACAGGGUGUUGGCGGGUAAAAGAACAGACAUUGUCAUUGGUAUAGCCUACAUUGCACUUUAAUCUGAUUUCAAAAGGUGACUUUCCAAACAACAAAGGAAAUACAUGUAUACCUUUCAUGUCGCUGUCGGAGGUCUUUGCGGCUUUUAAUCGGGGUGGGUGAACUGUGGUUUAAAAUGGAGACUGCAGACGUCAGCACGUCUUCGCGUCCUAACGGUUUAAUGCUUAAUGUGCAAAGGGAACAAAAGCCAACUAUUAACAUGUAGGCCCUAACGUGAAUAUAACAUUGCAACAUCAGAUUACGUGGUGGAUAAUGUGUAGCGGGUAGGGCGCCUUCAUGCUACCGCGAAACUCGGUUAUGUGCCUUGAUCAUCCCCAUCGGCCCAAAGGGCCUUCGAGUGACAUUUUCCAUUUCCGAUUAUCACUGCGUUGUAUGGCCUGCAGUCGCCCUGCAGGUCCAUUGGUUUGGCACCAGUUGUCAUGUACGCCUCCUGUAGCGGUGUACAUCGGUGCAAUGAAUGGGUACUUCACGUUUUAAUACCAUAGGGUACAAUUUUACAGCGAAGGUUUUGUCGAAAUUGGUAAAUUACGUGCAAGAAUUUCGCACUGUACCAUUGAAAGAUGUCGAUUCGAAGACUUUGUUGAAAGCAGUAGGUUGGUAUUCCUGACUUCGUAGCGCAUUGGCAGGUGUUCUUUCCAUAAUGCCCCCGAAUUUGUGUCCAGCCAGAUUUACAUUUUAUGUUUUUAUGUCUGCCUAUUUUAUUGCUUUGACUCUUGUGUUAGUGUGUAUGUAACCUGUAUUGGCAGGGACACAGGCGGGUGCUGUUCGCGCCAACUCGAUUCUGUGUGGCUAUAACGUAUAGUGUACAUCUAGGUAGACUUCAAUUUCAACCAUUUAAACUUUUUUCUCAAUCGGUUUAGAAGGCUUUGAAAGGUGUAAUAUGUAAUAGUGCUAGAAUCGAUUAUCAUAUAUUAUUAAUGUAACAUUUCUUAUAUCUCAAGGUUCUGUAGAUAAUAAUUAUAAUGGCAGUUGUAACAUUGGCGUGCCAUGCACUUCUGGAUUUUUAUUCACUAUUGCCAAGCCACGGGUGUUGCAUGGCAGCCAGCAUCGGUACAGUCCACGUUGUCUUUUAUCAUUCGGUCCUUGGGAUUCGACUUGCUUUUCUUGACGUGUCGUCGUUUUCAGUUUAUACGAUAGAUGUGUAGCGGGCGAGCCAGGCGGCGUCCGAAGCGUGUCUCCAGAGCUACGACUCGCGUCUGUUUGUCAGUAGGCUCAACCAGCCGAGACCCAGCCGUAGCUCUAGAUGAAAGAUUUGGACGCGGCCACGUCCUGUUCUUUAUUUGUGAUGGCUGUCAUGCGCAUUUGGAUAAUUGACAAGAUAGCAAAUCUGCCCUUGAGGGCGCCGAUCACACUAUUUUGGAUCGGCCUGUGAGAUCGGGGAACGACCUACACGUGGCUUGGUUAAAACUAUGUUCACCGACACUAUGGUUAUCGAUAUUUGGGGUUCUCCAAUCCUCCAUGUGGUUAAAGUUUGUUUAGCGCCCUCCAGUGGCAGUUAAUGGAUGGUGCACUUGAAACUGGUCGUCUCUUCUCAUGUUUGUUGAUCACCUGCCAAGAGUGGCUAUUGGUACCAGAGCUGUAUUACAGAGAAUGUUGCGACAUAAGUGCCACCAGUUUAGGAAACAAAAUGGCAAGUGUAUGCACUACACGGCCAGUUGAUAUACAUGUGCAAUAGCCGCACGAUCUACUGUACACACAGUGAACAGCCAUUUUGUUUCCCAAAUCUGAAGCAUGGUGCUACUCUGUAUACAGGUCUGGUUGGUACAUCACGAGAGCGCUCUCAUCUGACAACGUAACUUUAAUGUCCUCAAACGCCAUUUCGAUGCUGGGUGUCAAGUUAACGUUUUUGACAUCAGGUGAUUUGUUACCCAUAAUCCCUCGCUCUUAAGACAACAUGGUGACCAGAGUACCAGUGGUUUUGGUUAAUGAGAGGAGUACCAGGGAUAUGUUUCUUUCAGUUGUCAGGUAGGCUUUUCCUUCUCAUCCUUCACUGUGUUUUGCCAGUCAACUGUUUGGAACCAGUGAAAUAGGCCUAAUAUGUUGACGUCGACAGUUGACGCGCACUUUUCACUGGUCAUCAACCAAAAGGAAAGUCUAUAUGGGAUUUACCCUUAAAAUGCUGUUGUGUCAUUGUGUCAAAUUUAAGGAGGGUAAAAUAAUUGUUAACUUCAGAUUAAUAUAUGGAUUUAUUAUCAAAAUUGGGUGAACGUUUAAAAACAUACGAAAUAAAAAACUAAUAAAGUAUCUGUUGGAAGCAUGAUAAAUGUAUAGAAUAUAACCUGCUCAUGGUGCGUCCUCA